CAAUGGUUCGACAUCAAAACAAAUUAUUCGUCAUUUAGAAAAUACAAUUGGUUGUGACUUAGCUGACUUUCUUUAAACAAGUUUUGGAAUCAUGGAAGAUCUAAUAAUUUUAUGGUUAAAAAAAUUCUAAUACCUAUUGGGAAGGCAUAGAUUUUUUUUUAAAAAUUCAAAAAUGUUAGAAGGACUGGCUGCAUGGAUCCUAAACACUUACGUGGGGGAGUAUUUGGAAAAUCUAAAUACAGAUCAAUUAUCAAUUGGCUUAUUGCAAGGGGAAGUGGAACUUGAGAAUUUACCCCUGAAAAAAGAUGCUUUGAAAGGUCUUGAAUUACCAGUGAAAAUUCAUGCAGGUUUUGUUGGAAAAAUUAAGCUUCAGAUUCCUGUCAGCAGGUUAAGAAGUGAACCCUGGGUUAUAUUUAUUGACAGACUCUUCUUAAUAGCUGGGCCAAUUUUAUCUUCAGAGUAUGAUGAAGAAUCAGAAAAAGCGUCGGCUCUGUCGAGAAAACUAUCUCAGCUGGAUGUUCUGGAUGCAAAAUCUAAGGGUACUCUCGAUACUAGACAAAAUGAAUCUUGGAUGAGUUAUGGAACUUCUUUAAUGGCCAAUGUUAUUGAAAAUGUUCAGUUGAAAAUUAAAGAUGUUCACAUUCGCUAUGAAGAUGAUUAUAGUCGCUCUACUCAAAAAUUUGCCUGUGGAAUUUUAAUUCGCAGCUUGUCUGCUCAAAGUACUGAUCAGCAUUGGAUACCAAAAUUUGUAAGAAGAGAAAACAAUGACUCUAUGUGGAAACUAUUGGAACUUCAAGGAUUUUCUUUCUAUUUGGACACUAACUGUGACAUUUUGUAUAAUUUAGAUUCUCAGAGUAUGAUGAAAGCGAUGGCCAAACAUUUGGACCCAUCCCAUGAUAAAACACAUGAAUACAUUAUUUCUCCUGUGAAUGUUAAAGGCCAUUUAACUAGAAAUUGUUCGCCAAGACCACUACGCUCACGAUUUACACCUAGAAUUGUAUGUGAUAUACAUUUAGAGAAGAUUUCUUUGACAUUAAGUGAGGUGCAAUAUAGACAAAUGAUGAUGUGUUUAAAAGAGCUAGAAGUUCUGGACAUCCGAUGGAAGCAUAGAAAAUGGAGACCAACAGUUACAGUUAAAGAAAAUGCUCAAAAAUGGUGGUCAUAUGCAAUCUCUGUUCAUCUACAACCGAUUUCUGACAAAAAUAAAGUUUACACCUGGGCAUUUGCAUUGGAAAGAGCCCAUGAUAUUGCUAGCUACAGUAAAGUUUAUCAAGAGUUUUUGAACAAGACAGAUCUAACAGCUGAAUCCAAAGUANAAAAAAAGCCUUUCAUUGAUUUAGAGAAGAAAUUAAAUCUUGAUCUCAUUCUUCUUUUGAGAGAGCUUGUUACAAGAAGACUUGAACGAAAGAACAGUAUUGAAAUAAGUGAUGACGAGUCAAAAGGUAAAGGUUUCCUUCAGUGGAUGUUUCCUUCCUGGGGAGGGUGGUAUUCAGGACCUGCUGCAGAUUCUGCUUCACUGGCUGCUAGUGACGUAAAAUCUGAAAUCAUAUGUAAGUCUGCAGAGGAUGAAUUGAAGAGCCAUUUAGAGGAAGAAAUAUUGGAUGUACUGGACAGUGCUGAUAAUGACUCGCUUCUCAAAAGAGACACAGUGUUUGCUCAGUUAAAUUUUUCCCUUUCUCAAGGAUCAGUCAUACUUCUUCAGAGUGAAUUUCCAUUCAAGCAAGGGCACAAGAAACACAAACAUACUAAAUCAAUUAUGGAAUUAGAAUUUUCAGAUGUAUCAACAAAAUUAGAAACAAGGCCCAGAACUGGAUCUUUUCUUUUUGAAAUCAAACUUGGAGCAUUAUACUUACAUGACAGAAUCAAUACUGAUCCUCAUUUUCCACAUAUAAUUGCACCACAAAAUCGAGAUGUAAGUUUUAUGUACUCUAAAUCGCCGGAAGUCAAAGUUUUCUCAUUACCUUCAUUUUUAAACCAAAAAUCAGAAGAUGAAGAUCCUUCAAGUAAUUAUUUGUUUGAAUUGAGCUAUGAAAAAAAGCCUUUCAUUGCCCAUGCUGACCAUAGGUUGAAUGUUACUACUAGAGCUUUGGAUGUUGUUUACAAUCCUUUGGUAUUAAAGAGUAUUACAGAUUUCUUUUGUCUUCAGCAUGGUAAAUCAUCAAAAGAAUUUUCAUUAAGUGAACUAAAAAUUACAGCUGCUGCACGUGCCAGGUAUGAAACUUUAAAAGAACAAACAAAAGCUGAGUUGCAGCACAAAUGGGAUCAGAUUUUAGAAGGAGAGGAUAAAACUAUUUAUUCUAAAGGAUGGAUUGUUGAACUGGCAAUAUCUGCACCUCAAAUUAUAAUUCCAAUUGACAUUCUGGAUAGUAAUUCUUCUGUGGUUGUCUUUGACCUGGGAAAAUUGCACUUUUUCAAUGCACGCAAAGAAGAAUCUAGUAAAGAAACAUCCAUUUCUGAAGAUAUGGAUGAUGAUGAAGAUUUCUUGACUCCUUGUUCUACACCCCAAGAACUUAUAGAACUUGCUGAGAAAGCAAAUAAGUUAAAAGAACUGAUGGAUAGUCAUAAAGAUGCUCUGGCUCUGAAAGAACAUAUUUAUGAAAAGUACACCUUAGAAUUAAGCAAUAUCCAGGUACUAGUUAGUCGACUGAAAGAUAACUGGAAAUUCGCUCAGCUACGUGGAACUAGUACAAUGCACAUACUGGAUAGGUUUUCUAUCACAAUUCAUACGGAAAGACGAAUGGUUUACACUCAAGAUCCAGAAUGGCCUUGUUUAGCUGUGACUGGGAAUUUACCGAAACUUAUAGUUCAUAUAAGUGAACAAAAAGUAAAUGCACUUCAAUCUUGUGUUGAUAUUAUGAAUUCAGCUUUAAUUUCUAAUUCAUUAAGUUCCUCAUCAAAAACAUCAAUUAAUACAUGUUGUGAAACACCUGAAUAUCAAGAGGCAAAGAAUGAUAAAGAACGAAAAGAAGGUACCUCAAAAGAAUUAAUGGAUACUCAUCAUGAUGUUUGUGAAAGCUCUUUGCUUCUUCUAAUGGAAUUUUGCAUCGAUCAAAUGUCUUUUGAUGUCCAAAGUAGAGGUCAUAGUGUCGCAGAGCUACAAGUGACUGGUGUAAGAACAACAGUUUCCAAACAUCCACAUCAUAUUUCUCUUAGUUUAUGUGUUCAUAGUUUACUCCUUGUUGAUGCCUUGCAGACAUAUGGUCCUGAUUUUGAGCUGUUGUUAGCAUCUCAUAAGCAUUUGAGCAUGGACAGCACUAGUGGUAGUUUAAGAGAUAGUGAACCUAAUUCUCCAGCCUCACCUGGCAGUCCUGAUGCUAUAAAUUCACCUAGUUUCUCUACUUCUGAUCAAACAUCCCCUGCUGUAUUAUCUGCUGCAUUAAGUAGUCUGAAAUCAUCCAGAACAGCUGAUUACUCCAAAAAAUGGUUUUCAUCUCUAAGUGUUCCCAAAACUGAGCAAUAUGCAUCAGAUGCUUUGAUAAAAAUGGAGUUCAAUUGGAUUGAAUCACCAUCCGAAUCAGGCAAACAAGAACUUUUACAGAUUUCUAAUAUACAAUUUAACAACUUAGAUAUUAUAGCAAACCAGGAAACAAUUGUUGAACUGAUAGAUUUUGUGAAGCGUAUAGCUUUGGAAAGAACCAGAAAGACAACUACUGAGAAGCUGUCACCGACAGUAGGUUUAUAUAAACCAAUAAAUGAUGAAACUUCCUCAGGAUAUAAUAUAUCAAGAACAGAAGUGACUUUUGAUUUUCAUCGUUUAAAUAUUCUCCUCUUACGAGCUGUGACUCACAGGCAGAGUACUCUGGGACAAAAAGUUGCUACUGCGACAAUAUCAGCUGCUAGAAUUCAAGCCACAAUAGGAUCUGUGAUUGAUAUUCAAGGUUCAUUAGGUGGCCUUCAAGUUCUGGAUUUAGUUACAGAAAAUACAAAACAUCAAAAAAUCAUUAGUAUAGGUUAUGAUCCAUUAACUGAACAGCCAAUGGACAUUUUAAAUCAACUGGAACAAGAAAUGUACAGGCCAUUAACCCAUUUAACUAGUUUAGAAGAGCCACAGCAUGCAUUAACGUUUUCAGUUCGAAGAAGUGACUGUGCGGACAACAGAAGUAGUGAUUCUCCUAUAAAGAAAUAUGACAUAAAACAAGGUUAUUUGGACAUAAAAUUACGUAUGGCAUCACUUUGUUACACUCAUUCACCAAGGCUUUUGUAUGAACUUUCCUCUUGUGCAACAGAAUUUAAAUCAUACAUGCGUUCCUUGGCAAGUUCUAUUAAAAGUGCUGCUACUGAAGUGGCAAUGGGCAUUGUUUCAAAAAGGACAGAUUCUAUUAGUGCAUCAAUACAUGGUAAAAUGCCUGAAAAUCUUAAUGUUUCUAGGACUCGUCUUGAAAGCAGUGGUGAGGAUGCGUUGGAUGAUAUAUUUGCCCCAGAAGAAGAAAAUCUUGUGGUAGAUACAAAAUUAGAUAUUCUUUUGCAGACUCCAGUUGUUGCGUUUCCUUCAUCAUCUCAAAGUGCUGAUGUUCUUGUUGCACAUCUUGGACGGAUUUCCAUUCAAAGAGGAAUUUCUGAACUUCCGAAUAAGAGGCAGUUCUCCACACUUUUGGGUUCAUUAAGUGAAGAUAAUACUGUUCUUAUAGAAAUACGUGACAUGAAUGCUCAUUUUGUAAACAUAGAACAAAAAGCCUGCUUUUUACCAUCAGUUAAGAAACAUCCUCAUGAAAUCUUUCUCACAAGCUUAUCAAUCAAAGAUCUUUAUGCCUGCGAUGACAAAAGCCAGUUUAUAGUUCAUGAUACAAUCAUGGAAAUUGCUGUGAAUUCUAGUGAACAAUCUCCAUCCCAAGAUAAUUUACAAAUUCCUUCUGGCUUACUCGAAACAUUUAAAAGUAUUAAGCGUAAACAAAAUGAUCUUGAAACCAGGCUUGAAGUCAUAGGACGUGUUGUCAGCCCCUUACGUGUGGUUUUAACUAAACGUCAGUUUCAAAAAAUGAUGAAAGUACUAGAUAACUUAACAUUUAUAGAAGAUCUUUCAUUUCCAGCUGAAAGUGAUGUCUCUUCAAUGCUUAGUUCAUUUUCUCCUGAUAAAAUCCUGUCUCUUGCAGAGAUGCAUGACCCUUCUCAGAAUGAGCUAGCACAUAGGCCAAUCAAGGUGACGUUUGAGUUGCCAGAUCUUAUAGCUGAACUGAGAGGUGAUAUGUGCAAUAGGGAAGAAGGCAUUGUCAGUUUAACAUUCCAAGAGUUUAUGUUAGAAUAUCAAGCUGAAGAAAAGUAUGAAGCAACACUUCAAGUUACUUUGCAGACCUUUCUCAUGGAAGAUUUAAGGUGCAUGGAUGUAUCCCGAAGUUGUUAUCUCAUGAGUUCUGUAAAUCAAAGUAAGCCCAGUUCUUGCCAAGUGAUGACAAAAUCAAAUUUUAUUUCUGUUUCUUGCCCUAGCUUAACAGAUUGUUAUUCUUCAAUGUUCUAUAACACUUCUUCAUCAUCUCUCCCUGACAAACUUUGCACUCAAAACAUGUUUAAUUUAAGUUCAUCUCGAAAAUUAUCAGGAAGCCAUGCUUAUCAACGAUCAAAACCUAAACUAGAAGAUAGUUACCCAUCAACACCCCCUCCUUCACCUACAAAUUCUGAAUUUAAACCACCCUAUUUUCAUGAUGCUUUAGUUUCUAUUAAAGUCAAAUUAAUUGAUAAAAACUCACCUGUUUUUGCUACCAAAUACAAUCAGACCAGUCGGUUUAUCGACAUUGAUUUCAAUAGUUUGGAUAUAGUUCUUAACUUGCAAACUUGGGUAAUGGUUCUAGAUUUCUUGGAUUCUUACAAUGAAAUGGAUAAGCUAGUAACAGAGAAAGGUGUUACUAAUUUUAAGAGUAGCAAAAUCAGCGAAAAAAAGAAUGAACAAAAACCGCCUCUUGAAAGUCAUAAUUCUGAAAUUAGACUCAAAGUGAAAAGUUUAACAGUUGUUUUAAAUAAACCAGAAUAUAAACUUGCUAGUGCAAACAUCUCAAAUUUCACUUGUGAUACAUCAGUUCGUAAUAAUACACUUACAAUAAAUGGAACUCUUGGGCAUGUUUCUUUAAGCGAUUUAUCUCCGCAUGGAUAUUUAUAUCCUGAGAAAUUUGUUACCACAGGUUCUGAAGCACUGCAUUUUCAUGUAUUUAAAUAUUCCAACACAAACUCUGGCCUUCCUAAAGAUUAUGACCUUAGCGUGAAGUGCCAAAUGAGCUCAGUACAAUAUGUACACACCCAAAGAUUUCUAACUGAAGUUACUACAUUUUUCCGCCAUUUUAAUGAAAUGCAAGAAUUGAUUAAAAGGAUACAGCUUGCAGCAUCAGGCGCUGACAUGGACUCUUUUAAUGCUAGAGGAACUCGGGUUCUUUUAGAUAUUACUGCUGGAUCUCCUGUUAUCGUUAUUCCACAGAGCUCAACUUUAACUGAUGUUUUGGUAGCCGAUUUGGGCAGAAUAAGUGUUUCCAACACUUUUCUUAUGUUUGGAAGUAAAGGCACUAUAAGUCAUUAUCGACAAAGUAUUUAUACCAAUGACACCAAUAUUAAGGACAUUAGUCACGGACUGAAGAGGUACACUGUUGGAACCAGUCGAGAAAGCCCAAUGAUACUUGAGCGCCCUAAUAUUUCUGAAUGCUUAUUAGAUGUCAUUAAUGUUGAGCUAUCAGACAUGGAUUUGUAUUCAGCAGUACAUAUACCCUGCAAUCACAAUAAAAAAAGAGAUUCAAUUCAGGAUAAGGAUUUAUUAUUUCCUUCUUUUAUAAUUAGAAAACAGGGAACUGAUUUGCUUCAGCAAAAAUUUGCUCUUAAAGUUCAAAUUGAGAGAAACUUAGAUUCUUACAUUAGUCACCAAGCACCGGAUUGGGCUAUUGAGGGUACUGUUUCUUCAGUUUAUGUUACACUUGAUAACAAACAAUAUAGACUCAUUUUUGGUGUGCUUAAUCAGAAUUUAGGAGAAGCAUUAGAAGAAUUUACUUAUGAUACUUAUAAAGAAAGUGAGCAAUUUGUAUUAAUGGACACUGAAGAAAGUGCUUGGACAACAAUGUCUAUAAAUAUGGAUUUAGUGAAUGUGUCAUUAGAGCUCAUCAGAAAUGACGGAAUUGUAAAUAAGCCUGGGGAUUGCUCAUUGGCAAAAUUUGAUUUCAUUAAAUCUCGUUUAUCAUUUGAAGCCUAUUCUGAUGGUAGUCGUGACAUUGAUUUAGUGUCCAACAUGAUUCAAGUUCUAGAUAUCAGAUAUAAAGAUGCACCUGUGAAUAGUCGCCCCAACGUAUUUACAAAAGUUUUGCAGCCAACUAAUCGAAAAGAAAACAAUGGGUCAACCCUUCAAGCUGAACUGCAUUAUCGAAUUACAAAUGAAUUUACAAGAUUUACCAUUCUUUUUAAUAACAUGAGAAUAAUGGGUGUUUUUGAGUUUAUCAGCUCGGUCAUCAAUUUCUUAACAAUUUCAGCUGGUUCAUCUGAAGCGAGCACCUCUGAAGCCGCACAAAAAGCUCACAUGACUCCGAAUCGUCAAGUGUCCAAGCCUCAAACUAAUUUUGAAAUGAAAAUAAAUGUUACUGAUACUGAACUUGUUGUUGUAGAGGAUACUUCAAUUUGGGACAGCAAUGCUGUUAUUGUAAAAACUACUGCUGUUGUUACUUGGAGACCUGAAUAUUUGGACAAACCGCUUUCUUGUAGUUUGCAAAGCUUAGAAGUGUUUUCAUGUAUCAUUGGUGUUGAAGAUGACACAGCACUUUCAAUUAUUGAUCCUUUAACUGUAAGCAUUGAAAUCGUCAGCAAACUUAGUUCACCUUUAAUUCAGUUAGAAUCAUCAGAAUUACAGCAUGUUUUAGAAGUGUCUACACUACAUUUGAAUCUUCGUCUUUCAUACUAUGAUAUGACAAUGUUCAUAAAAAUAUUUGAAUCAAUUAAAAAGCAAGUAGGGUUUUAUUCAAAUCCAUCUAUAAAACCACCAUCGCCUCAUGAUGAUUCUCCAAAUCCAAAUAUUGAAUGCUUAAAAGCUCUUGGCUUCUCUUAUAGAGAUUGCCAAAAUGCUUUGAAAAUUUGCAAUGAAAAUGUGAAUGAAGCUGCAUUGUGGCUUACUCAAAAUGCUUCUCCCCUUGUUGAAACAUCCGAAGUUGCAUUUGUGAAAAACAAUAAAGAAAACGAUUCUAAAACUAUUAAUUUGAGCAGUGCUGAAAUUCGCCUUUCAUCGUUAAGUCUCUGUAUAAUUGAUGAUUGUAGAGAUGCUGAUGUACCUGUUAUAGAGUUAAAUUUUAUAGAUGUUUCCUUUGUACAAAAACUUCAAAACAUAUUAGAAGGAAAUGGUAACUUUUGCUUCAGUAUGGAUUAUUAUAACCGGGCUCUGUCUGGCUGGGAACCAAUAAUAGAACCAUGGAAAUGCUCAUUGAAAUGGAAAAUGCAAACUACUCAAUCAAAACCUGGGAAAAAGGUUUUUUGUCAUAUUUCCUCUGUCGAUUCUUUAAAUUUUAAUGUCACUACAGCUUUAAUUGAACUUUUCAGAACAGUAAAAAAGAACUGGACUGAGGAAUAUUUAAAUAUCAAUAAUAGAACUAAAGAUGCUUCCUCUGAAAUGCAUAGUCCAGGUUGUUAUAGGAGAAGGCUUCCUUUUAUGCCAUUUGCUCUAAAAAAUGACACAGGCUGUAAAUUAUUGUUUACCACACAAAUUAUAUCAGCCAAGCAACAAUCCCUAAGUCUUGAAAAUGAAAACUUGCCUGCCCAAAACAGCAAAGCCUCCUUUAGUUGGACUGAAGUUCUUCCUGGUAAUUUAAUACCUGUUCCUUUUGAGAGCAGGUCCAAAAUUCGUCACAAAGAUUCCCAUUUACUAAAACUUCAUCAGAUAAUUGUAAAACCUGAAGGAUGGCUACCAACAGCUCCUGUAUCAGUCGAUCGAGUUGGGACGUAUUUCAGGCAUGCGAAACCCUUAAGAAGUCAUUCAGCCUCUAUUUAUACAGAUAAACCACCUGUCAGACUGGUAUUUGUUGUUCGUUUGGAAGGUAGUGCUCGGAAACUUAUAACUGUUCAGUCAUCUCUGUUAGUAUCAAGCCAACUUGAAGACACUAUUGAAUUGAAGCUUGAGAACUCAGGUAUGCAGUAUGGAGCUCAAAGUCUCAACUUAUAUCUAGUACCAAAACAAACUUUACCUAUACCAUUGUCAUUUGUGCAUGCCCAGAUAUGGGCUCGACCCUUGGAAAAAUUUGUGGCCUACUGUACUCAUAGUGUUACAUGGCAUCAUGUUACAAAACCUGGUGAAAUAAAAGGUUCAAUUAAGCAAUGUAAUUCCAUUCAGAAAACUACGGAAUUUUAUAGAUUCUUAACCUUAACAAAACGGAGAAAGUUUCCUGUUGAAAAAGAGCACCAUUCACCACCGGGAUCACAUGUAGUAACCAUGCAUCCAGCUCAUAAAAUCUUUUUUGUUCCUUCUCUAGAAAUCCUUAAUUUGUUACCAUAUGAACUUCACUUUAUGAUUAAAAAUUUUAACAUCGCUGGUCUUGUUAAACCUGGAAAAGGCCAAUCUUUACAUAACAUUGAUAUAAGCAACCAAUUUCAUUUAAAACUUUUCUUUGAAAAUUUCAAAAGAAGUAAAGAAAUACCUCUUUCCUCGAGUUCUCGGCAUUAUCCCUCUCGCAUUGAGUUGUGUGACAGUCGCGAUAGACUAUUGAUUCUCAAUCUUAGAGUUAUAACUUUAUCUGGUGGUGGUAUUAAAUUAUUAAUUUCAGCACCCUAUUGGUUUAUCAAUAAAACUGGUCUACCUUUGGUCUUUAAGCAAGAAGGUUCAUAUGGUGAAGCUGCAGGUCAGUUUGAAGAACACGAGUUAGCUCGAUGUAUGGCACCACUUUUGUUUUCAUUUUCGGAUCGUGAUGCCAGCUCAAUGUGCAAUGUUAGGGUUGGACGUUCAUAUUAUUCAGAUGGAGUCCCACAAUGGUGCACGAAAUUUGAUUUAGAAAAGGGUGUUCGAGUAAGAAGAUUGCAUCUCUCAAGAAGAGACGGUAGACCAGAUUUAGUAUUUAAUGUUGGUAUAGAUGUACGUGCUGGUAAAGGCAGAUAUGGAGAUACACAUAUUGUAACUUUAUCCCCGAGGUACCAACUUGAUAAUAGAACAAGUCAUAAGUUAGAGUUCUGUCAGUUAUAUGCCACGAAAGAUAGCUCAAAUCUCGUCCUUUCUGCUAUGCCUAAAUCCAACCUGCCUUUUCAUUGGCCCAGAAUUGAUUUUGAUAAUUUAUUAUGUGUUCGCCAACCAGAUAUUAAUAAUUGUUACUGGUCAGGGGGAUUUCCUAUUGAUCAUAUUAAUUCAUUUCACAUUAAUAUGAGAGAUGGUGAAGGCAAAUCAAACUUUCUCAGAGUUGAAAUAAUUUUGCAAGGAGCUACAUUUUUUAUUAUUUUUACUGAUGCUGAUAGGUUACCUCCACCUUUUCGCAUUGAUAAUCACUCUGAAGUUUCAAUAAUGUAUUAUCAAACGAAUAUAGAAGAAGAAAGACUCAGGACCUCUAUUCGUGCUCAUUCUUCUUUACCCUAUGCAUUUGAUGCUCCGACUCUACCCCCAUAUAUUACAUGCUGUGCUCCAGGGGGAUCAGCUGCUACCUAUAACAUGAACAUUUUUAGAGAGGGAAAUCAGUUGUUUUAUGAAAACUUUAUUUGCAUAAUUUUUAAAGGUACUUUUCCCGAUGAUGAAUUAAAUUUAAUCCCUCAUAACUUGUCUGGAAAAGAAUAUGUUUUUGAUGUACCUUAUGGCAAUAAAAUAGUAAUAAAUAAAAGAGAAGCUGGAAAGCGUUCUCAAUUGUGGAGGAUGACUAGUACAGGUAUGUUACAACAUGAAGGCUCAAGUCCCCCAAGAGAUCCUCAUAAACCAAAUUCCUGCAAUAAUUCAAGAAUUAUGGUACUUGAUAUUGCCGAUAUUGGUGCUCAGCCUAAUGAAUAUACUCCACUUAUUUUGAGAAAACCUGACCCCCGGAGAAUUCACACUCAAACUUGGAAGUUUACAUCAGAUGGUAGGCUAUGUUGUGGAUAUCCAAAUUUGUUUGUUCAGUCUAAAGAUGGCUUCAAAGGUCUAAGAAGAGGUACUGAGGUUGUUCUAGGGCCAUGCUUGCCAGUAAGUUAUGUCACUCUAAGCAAUGGUAUACCAAUUGAACAAGCCAUCUCCCGGCGUAAACUUAGAUCAGGAUCUGGAGUUCUAACAGUGAAAGUAAUUCCUGAUGGCCCAACAAGAGUUCUUCUGAUAACCGAUUUCAAAAGACAGCAAGUUGUUUCAAAAACAUCAUCUGCAUCCGAAUGGGUAGUUGUUGAAAACGAACAGACGAAGAAGCCAUCAGAUAAUAAUUUAACCCAUUCUAAGAGCUCGUCUAUGGCUAAAGAAAAAUAUGGUGAUAUUGAAAUUCAAAUUUGUUUUGAGUUGUCUAGAGGCUUGGGCUUAUCAUUAACCAAUCAUCUAAGUGAGGAACUAAUUUAUGUAUGGCUUCAUAGUAUCAUGGUGGAAUAUAAUAAAACUGCAUUGCAUCAUACUCUGGGUGGAAGCAUUAAAGAUUUUCAAAUAGAUAAUCAACUAAGAGAUGCUGAGAAGCCUGUUAUGCUAUAUGUCACUCAGCAAAGUAAGUCUGAUGAUGAAAGGCAUCUUCCAGCUUUGCAUUUUACUGUGCAAAAGAUGUGCACUCCCUUGAUAAAUGCAGAAAUAUUUAAGCACUUAAUUGUGACCCUGAAAAAUUUGUCAAUACAUUUGGAGGAAAGACUUGUUUUGAAAUUAGUUCAGUUUGCUGGAUUCUAUCUAUUUGAAUCUGGUGAAGAAGAGACUGAUGAAAACGAAGGUCAAAGUCAGAGAAACAUCGCCGAAUCAAUGGCCUAUGAGAAACGAUAUUAUUUCAGUACUUUGAAACUGUGUUUGCAGCAAAUAAAAUUAAGUGUUCUUACAAGUAGUAAUCUCCAGUCAGACUUACUUCAAGUAAAGAAAAAAAUGAAACUUCGACUUAUACGAUUUGAAGAUGCAUUGAUUGAGCUAGAUUCGUUUUUGAGAGUGCAUCCAUUUGAAACAUUUGACUUUUUAAUUGACAGCAUCCUUGAGCACUACAAGGAAGAGUUAAAAAGCCAAGCGGCUAGUAUUCUUGGUGCAGUUGACUUUUUGGGUAAUCCUCUCGGACUUGUUAAUGAUGUGUCUGAUGGAAUUUCUAAACUUAUCCAUGAAGGAAAUGUUGGUGGCCUUAUUAAAAAUGUCACUCAUGGUUUGUCAGAUUCUGCUGCCAAACUUUCUGGAAGUUUGUCUGAUGGUCUGGGAUUAGUUUCCAUGGAUGAUAAGCAUGAAAAAAUAAGAAAACAAAUAAAGCAACAAAGUGUGAUAUCAGGAAAUGAUCAUCUUAUGGCUGGGCUGAAAGGUUUAGGUUUUGGUCUAAUUGGAGGAAUGACUAGUGUAUUCACACAGACUUAUGAAGGAGCUGUGCAUGAAGGCGUUCAGGGAUUCUUUUCCGGUUUAGGAAAAGGUAUUGUUGGUACUGUAGCUAAACCGGCAGUUGGUUUCCUUGAUUUUGCAUCUGGUGCUGCAAGUGCUGUUAGAGAUACUAGCAAAGGAAGUGGUCACACCACAGUAUCAAGAACAAGACCUCCUCGUGUAUGUGUUGGAUCUGGUAGCUUAUUGCCAAAGUAUUCCUUUCAACAAGCCUUGGGUCAAGACUUUCUAUACAACCUGAAUAACAGAGAUUACAAUGAACUAUUUAUUGCCAAAGAACAAAUUCGGUCAGGUUCAGAAGAUUUACAUGCACUUAUUUCUAAUGAACAAAUAUAUUUCUUCAGCAGUACAUCGCCUUCCUCUAGCAAUAUAGUGUUAACUGUACCUUUUACAGACUUAUAUAAAUGCAGUUACGUUUGUUCAGAAGCUGGAGUGAUUGGUGAAGUUAGGCAUUACUUACAAUUGAUCAUGAAAGCUGAUAAUGCAGCUGGCUCUGUCACUGUUCCUAAUGAAACUACGAACCAAAGACUCUCUAGAAGUGCAUCACUUGAGCCUCUUUGUAAAAAACCUCAAGUCAGAUGUGAUUCAGAUGAUGUAGCACAAAAGGUUGCUAUGCAAAUAAACUAUGCAAAAAGUUUACAUGAAGAGAGAACAUACAUGGUUCUUGAUGAUGAAGAUAGUGAUGAUGAAAAAGACUGAAUA